AUGUCACAACAUCCUUCACCAUCUGGUUCUAAAACUACUAAACCUGCGCACAAAGCUAGAACUCCCUCUAUGGACUUUCUAAAUGAAGAUAUUCUGGACGUGAUUCCCGUAGGGCAAAAUUUGUCUAGUAAGAAAUCUGUAUCAUCACCUACUGCCAAUGCUUCUCAGUCUAAGAAGCAUGACUCUUCUAAGGAGGGGAUUAACCUAGAAGAUGAGAGCUCGGAGGAUGAAGAUGAUAGCUUGCUUCAUCACUUGAAGCCUAGUGUAGCUAAGAGGAUGAAAACCAGAAAGGGAAGAGGAACAAAAGGUGCUUGUGAACUAGAAGCCACAGACAAUGAGGUCUGUAGGGAAGUAACUGCUAAACAGGUCAAGGAGUGGCCUAGAAAGAAGCAUCUACAUGCUGGAAAGCUAACUAUGAAAUAUGUUAUCUUGCACAAGAUAGGAGACGCUGAGAUAAGACUCCAAGAGCGUCUAGCCAGAGAAGCUGAGGAAAGGGCAAGGCAGGAAACUGAAGAGAAAGCGCGCCAAGAAGAACUUCAGAGAAUCAGAGAAGCUGAAGCCAAGGCUCUUGCUGAUGCUGCUGCUACUGAAGCUGAGGCAAAAGCUAAAGCCGACGCUGAAGAAGCAGCGCGCCUUGCUAAAGAGUCUGCUGCCAAAGCCAGAGCUAAUGAACUGACUCAGGGGGAGUCCUCCAACGCUGGAUUCGUCCCUCUGGUCCUGAAGACUCUCGAAGAGCUACAGAAAGAACAACAGGUAGUUCGAGCCAGACUGGAUCAACAGGACACUGUCAAUGUAAACAUUCAGAACAUGAUGUCCCAUCUGCUCUAG